CACACAUGCAGCGGCUUGAAAUGACUUCCGGUUACCAGCGUGUCGUUUUUAUUCUAGUUUAAAGAUAACUUCCUAAUUAAAAAGAACCAUGGCAGGCAGACCGGAGUUGAAGAUAAACUCCGGGUUUGCUCAGAAGUAUGACAAAUACCGACAGAAAGAGGAGCUGCAGAGACUAAAGGACAAAUAUGGAGACCAAGCGGAUGACUCUGAGUCUGAGUCCAGCUCUGAUGACAGUGAAGUGGAGCUGGACCCUGCAGUGGAGCGGGACUUUUACAGAACAUUGUCCCUGCUGAAGAAGAAAGACCCCAAAAUCUACCAGGAAGACGCCACGUUCUACUCUGAGGGUCCAGCCAUCAGUGAUGAGAAGGCUUCCACAUCAAAGAAAGCCGUGAAGCCGAUGUUCCUGAAGGACUACGAGCGUAAAGUCAUACUGGAGAAGGAGGG